GAGGUUCACUGCGUGGGUUCAAGCUCAAAACCCCGUCGCGUAGACCUCGCUACGCCAGUGACGGCGACGGGGCGCGCUUGACGCCUAAAGCGGGCUUUUGAUGCCGUUACCUAGCGACGCUGUUUAUUGUCAUUCAUUCUCAAGACUUGUUUUAUACUACGCUUUCUGUAAAUAUUUAUAAGUUUUUACUUGUGCUCAAACUAUAAUAGGAUUUUUAAAUAAAAAUGGCAUGGGGACUGCCGAAGCUGCCGGGGCUGACGUUCUCGGACCCCACGAAGAUCCAGCACCACAUUUGCAGCUCGUUGCGCUACUACCAGGGGCACCGGUUCCCGGACACCUCACUGAGAGCGCCUGGAGGUGAGGCCACUGAUGUCGACAGCAAUGCGUUUGCUCUGGCCGACGACUCUGUCAACUACGACCCGUCGCUGACGUACGGGCGCGUGAAGCAGCCGGCGCUGCCGGCCGUGGUCCCGCACUGGGUGCACUACGACAAGCGCUGCCUGAACUUCACCGCCUUCUUCAAGCAACCUGUCUUCGAGAACCCCAACGAGGCCUUCCGAGUGCGAGUCGUCAACAUCAUAUACUUUAUCGAAGAUGAUAGCAUUACGGUCAUGGAGCCGCGCGUCAAGAAUUCGGGUUUGUGGCAAGGCAGGAUGAUAAAACGCGGCAAAAUACCAAAAAAUAAUCUCGGCGAGUUCUGGCAUUGGAAGGAUUUGGACGUCGGGAAAGAUAUUUGCAUGUUUGGCAAGGUUUUCCACACCGUCUCCUGCGAUUUAUUCACCAAGGAAUGGUUAGAGUCCCAAGGCAUAGAGCUGUCGAAAGAGGAGGAGCUACCUGAGGACCAGUACACGCAGCAGGAGCGGUGGAAGAGUGUGCCGACGCCGCACCGCGAGAGCAAGAAGGAAGACAAGCUGCGCCGCUUCCUCGAGUACGAUGGGAAGGUGCUCGCUUUCGACGUGUAUUGGGACAACAGAGAUGCAGAAAACGGAGAACUCACCCACUACAAACUUUUGUACUUCCUUCAAGAUGAUACUAUUUCGGUUAAGGAGCUGCAUGAUGGCCGAGGUGGGAAGGAGCCUUUCCCUCUGCUGCUGAAAAAACGGAAAUUGCCUAAAAAGUGGAAGGAGGUUCCGGUGUCAUUUCCGUCCAUUGUGAUGGAGGUGACCGAGGAGGAGGUGACCGAGUACUACUCCCCGAGUGACCUAAUUGUGGGGGAGACGGUUUUCGUACUCGGCCGACGUUUUCUCAUCAGCGACUGCGAUCCGUUCACUAGGAAAUAUUAUCGAGCGAUGCUGAACAUAGAACAGCCGCCGGCCGUGAAGAUUGUAGAGAAGAAACCGAAGGAGUUCGCCAAGGUGUACCCUCCGCACACGGGUAUUGGCACUCCGGAGGACUCUUUGCAGAACUGCUUCGGGCUGGUGCCAAAGCCUCCCCACAAGGACGUCAUCAAAUACAACCUUAAUGCCAAUAAGAACCUCCGGUACCUGUGCGAGCUGGAGUGGAUCCAUCCAGAGGACAAAGGCCGCCGUUUCGUGCUGUCGUACAGCUUGGCAGACGGCCAGAUAAAGAUCGGGGAGGUCCCGCGCCGCAACUCUGGCAUCAAGGAGGGGAAGUUCCUCAAGUCCAUGCUUUUGCAGACUCCUGAAUCGGACCCCAGUUUCCCUACGUACUUUACGCCUGAUCGAUUUUAUAUUGGCGCCAUAGUCCCGGUGUUCAAGCACCGCUUCAAGAUCAUCGGCUGCGACCUGUUCGUAUACCGCUACAUGGCCGCCAACCCCGACAAGUUCCCGCAGGAGGUCAUCGACAACGUGCGCAACUACCACUUGCGCGAGGGCAACCUCAAGGACGAACUGCGGGACGCUGUGCGCGAGGGCCAAGCGGCAGCGAAGCGCGCCGAGCUGCUAAAACAAGGGCAGUCGGCGGUGGCAGAGCCCAACGCCAUGGAGCGGUGCCUAACGGCGCUCAACGUGGUGGAGGGCACGGCGUCGCCGCCGCGGCCCCCCACGCCGCCGCAGACCAGCGACCACAUGUCCUACGACGAGAGCCUCAGGGCUGCACGACUCAGCAAACCCCACACCGACGAGAUAAUGCCGCUAAAGGGUAUACUAAAGUCGGGCGGGGCGCGCGACGACCAGCAGAAGGUGGUGUGCUUCAGCGGGCCCGCGGCCGACGAGCACCGCGAGCAACGCGCCGCCUACCCGCAGUACCCGCCCGGCCAGCAGCCGCAUUACAACGACGACCCGAACUUCUGCGAACAGUUCAAGAUGCCGGACUACAAAGAGCGCGCGGCCCGUCGAGCCGCGGACGUGUGCGCGUACGAGGUGGUGCCGAGCGCUGCGCAGGUCGGCGCGAGCGACGAAGACGCGGCCGACAAGCCGCACCUGCCUGGCUACCUUGGCAGCUAUGGCGUCGACUGCAAAGCGGUUCCUGAAUACAUGAAGUUAGCACCGGAUGCUUUCGAGCGAGUGAAGGCGAUGCGUCGUGAUGUCCCAGAGAUAUCGCCAGCAGCGGCGCGUGUGGCGGAGCACCCUCGGGCGCCGACGCCGCCCGUGGAGGCGUGCCGCGCGCCGCCGCCCGCCACGGGGCCCUGCGCGCCCCGCCAGCCUGAAGACGUGGCCUUCGCGUGCCCGCACGUGGAAGCUAAAAUGCCCUGCUGCGAUCCCGACAAAAGAGACAAAACUGUGGUCACCCACCUCUAACUGCACAUAGAGAAUCUAGUCGGAGGUAACGAUAUGGACGUUUCGUAAUAAAUGCAUCGAUUUUCUUAAUCACGGUAUUUCUCUGUAAUAUAUUUAAACUGGUAAACGAUGAGGUGUCACACAGAUGUACCUUCGAUUAUGUAUUUCUGGCAGGCAAGUAUGGUCACGCGAUAAACGAUAAAACUUGCCGUUUAGCUUUUUUGGUUAAUUGUUACCAAUCUUGAGUAUCAC